CAUUAUUAAUGGAAAAUAAUAAUUGUCAUGAUAAUUUUUAAUGUGCAAGACUUAAAUAAAAUUAAGGUGUAGUUUAAAUAGAAUUAUAACAAAUAUGAACAUUUUUAAAGUGCGUUUUUAGUUGAUGUGAAAGAAAUAUUAUGUAUUCAUUCGAAGGUGAUUUUAGGCGCAAGCCUCAGCAAAAUUUAGCAGGUGCCAGUGGUCAGAGAAAAACUGAUAGAAAUACUCUUAUACUACAAACACAACAGCAGAGACAAAAGAGAGAGGAACAUAGAAAAAGAUUACACAGUACUAUAAAAAUUCAAGCGUAUGUUCGUAGCUAUCUCACAAGAAAGCAUUUUAAACAAAGUGAAAGAGAUGAAUUUGAUAUUAUCUUUCCUAAAGCAAAUACUGAGGAUCUUGUUUUAAUUUCGUCACUUUUAACAAAAAUAUUAUUUUUUUACGAUGUCAAGAAGGAUUGUUCUAGAUUGGUGGCCAUAUCUCAACUCUUACUGAAGCAGUGGAAGAGAUUGUUUGAAUUGGGUGAUUGCUCUGUGCAAAUACGCAGGCUUUUAGCACUGCACUUGCAUUUUUUAAGAAAUGACACUGAGGUGCCGCUAGCUGUACCUUUACGAAUGUUUGAAGUAUUUACCUCUGUUAAUUCUCUUAAAGAGUUUAAGAAUCACGAUGAGUGUCUCAGUAUAAACGCAAAGACAUUUCUAUAUUUAGUCAAAAGAGGCUAUUUCAAGGAUCUAUGUAUCCUGUUAUGUCAGAAAACACCACCAUUAUAUGGGCCGUCCCCCAAUCCACCUACUCCAUUAUGCGGAGCUCUUCUUGACCUUAUCCAAAGGCCACUACAACUGACAACACAUUUGAAAGAUUCAGAAUAUGAUGACAUAAUAAUGACUGAAUUCAUAGCUGCCUACCUCUGUAACCACUAUCCUGAACCAGUUGAUAUGUACAUACUCCCAGCUUUAAUUCAUGAUAGGAAGUUCCCGUUUCUACCGUUACUUCAAUGUCUGAAUGAUGAAAAGUUUAGUGCCGGCAGGAUUGUUAAUGAUUCCUGGUUACUGCAUUCCAUUUUAAUAUUAGAACCUAUUGAUUUUGUGAAACACUUGCGGGAGAUUGAUAAUGCGAGGCUGUCGAACAAUAAGAUUGUAUUAGCAUAUAUGAAAAUAUUGGCCAAAUUAACAGUGAAUGUUUGCAAUAAGCAAAUAACGUAUGAGUAUGAGGACUCCUUAUACAGCCAUGAGGCGGCCGCUGACAAUGAUGACUCGAGCGACAGCGAGAAUGAACCGAACCCAACCUCGGUGAGAGAACAGAUGUUGCUGACGAAGUCUAUAGAAAUAUUGAAUGAGCCGGACAAAUGUGUUAUGAUGACCUGUGCCCAAAUCCAAGAGAGCGACUUGAGCGAUGAGUUCCUUGAUUAUAUGUCAACGAUAUGCCACAAUCUGCUCCUGAGUCACAGGAUGGCGUUGCAUAAAUAUAGAUUGCUAUACACGUUAGCAUUCAAACCGAUCUUUCUGCGUGGGCUGUGGCAGUGGUUGAGCAGUAUGAGUCACGAGUCCUCGUUCGGUGGUUCCCCUACUCCGCUGUUGUCAGCGCUAUCUCGCGGCAUGGGAGCUGAAACAUCCGUCAUCGGCGUCCACAGACUAUUGUCGCCAUUGGCUGUAUUUUGUGAACUCUUCUCCCUACUCAUCGGUACUCUACACGAUACCGAAUUCUUUACGGACACCGAUGGAGAUGAGAAAAUGAGUAUAUGUGUUUCAGUAUCGAGUACUUCCAGCGGGGCUGGUAGAGUACACGCUUUCGACUUCUCGGAGCUGGGCGGGUUGUGUCGCACGUUGAAGCAAGUCUGCCUCGGUCUCGUGGAGCUCGCUUACCCUGAGUCUAGACCAGCAGUCGUGGGACAGUACAAGGACGCCGUGGGAGGACACCACGAUGUGGAGGACAGGAAUGAGACACCUGCUUGGGCUCACUUGUUUAAGGUGUGUACGCAGUUGUUGCGUUCCCUGUACGCUCGUGACGCCCGGCUGCAAUUCGUUGGUGGGACGAGUGUGGGCAGUGUGGGCGGUGCGGGCGGCGUGGGCGGAGCCUGGGUGGCUGCAGGGAGCGCGCCGGGUGAGACCGAGGCCGCCCUGGCAGCCGUUCGAGCCCCUCGCUCGGCCCGACCCUACAGAGCCUAUGUGCCCAGGCUAGCUAGAGCUGAACAAGAUGAAGGUCCGCCGCUCACGAUCAAGGAACUGAGGACCGUCACUAUACUGAGAGAAAUACCGUUCGUGGUGCCGUUCUCAACGAGGGUCCUUAUAUUCCAAGGACUCUUACUUAGAGAGAAACACGACCACUGGUACGAGAUGACGAAUUUCAACGAGGGACCUUCAAUAAUCAUCAGUGUGCGACGGACGCAUCUCUAUGAAGACGCGUUUGAUAAACUCAGCCAGGAGCCAAAUUUGAAAUUGAAACUCCGCGUCCAGUUAAUAAACCAAGCGGGCGCUGAGGAACCCGGCGUGGACGGCGGAGGACUGUUCAGAGAGUUCCUCUCAGAGUUACUGAGGUCAUCGUUUGAUCCCAACCGCGGCUUGUUCCGCCUGACCAAAGACAACAUGCUGUAUCCGAACCCCGGGGUCCACCUUCUGUAUGAUGAUUUUCCAAUGCACUACUACUUCGUCGGGCGAAUGUUGGGAAAGGCGUUGUACGAGAAUCUUUUAGUGGAACUGCCUCUCGCGGAGUUCUUUCUGGCGAAGUUGUGUUCUACUAGGGAGCCGGAUGUCCACGCGUUGGCGUCUCUGGACCCUGGCCUGUAUAGAGGACUUCUGAUGCUGAAGGCUCAUCGUGAGGACGUGUCCGACCUGGGUCUCGACUUCACUAUAAUCAGCGACGAGCUCGGUGAACAACGGAUUAACGAGUUAAAACCCGGCGGUGGCAAUAUACCGGUGACGGCUGAGAACAGGAUAGAAUAUAUACAUCUCGUAGCGGACUACAAGCUCAAUAGACAAAUAAGGUCCCAGUGCAUCGCUUUCAAACGCGGCUUAACGUCGGUGGUCAACGCGGAGUGGCUGCGGAUGUUCUCGUGCAGGGAACUCCAGCUGUUGAUAUCCGGUGCGGAGGUGCCAAUCGAUUUGGUCGACCUGAGAAGACAUACGCAGUAUGGAGGCGGUUUCUCCGACUCGCAUCCCACGGUGCAGUGUUUCUGGAAGGUUCUGGAAGGAUUCACGGACCACCAGAGGCGACAGCUCCUCAAGUUUGUUACCAGCUGCUCCCGCCCACCGCUACUGGGCUUCAAGGACCUGCAGCCUCCGUUCUGCAUUCAAUCAGCUGGCGGGUCCGAGCGCCUGCCCUCGUCUUCCACGUGUAUGAACCUCCUCAAGAUACCCGAGUAUCACUCGCAGGAUGUGCUCGCUGACAAACUUCUGUACGCCAUACAAGCUGAGGCUGGGUUUGAACUCAGCUAAGUGAGUGAUGUGACGUCUCAGACUGAUGUCCGCACGGUGACCACAGUUUUGUACUAUUCUGCAACAUACUUGUAGUAAACGUCAAUCUCAAUGUGAUACCACAGGCUCCUAGUGUAGUUGUAAAUAAAGAACGUGUUGGUUUCGCGAUUUUAUUUUUAUUUAUUUAUAUUUAAAUAAACACAGCUAUACAUUAAAUCGAUUUUACUUCUAGACGCAUUCAUAACCUCCAUUAUAUCAUGUAUGUAAAUAAAUUAGGCGAUUAGUGGAUCGAAUUUAAUUAUGACUCUUGAUGUACUGAAUAUUUAGAAAAUGUUUAAAUAUAUAACUAUGCGAGUUAUUCGUAGUUACUUUUUUUUUUGUAGGAUGUUCUAGUUGUGUUUGUUUCUUACAUUUCCUAUUGAAAUUGUCGAAUAAAGUUGUAUAGACUUCAUGAA